AUGGCAGGACAGAGACCUUCACAGUUUGGUAGCUUGGUGUCUCUGGGGAUGCUAAAAUUAAUCGAAUUGUCUGAACUUCUGUUGACACUGUGUGAUUAUCCAUUUUGUUUUUUGAUUAUUAUAAGUUUUGUGGUACAAGUGUAUCAAGUAUCCAUGUCAGGUUUGCCAAAUGAUAAAACACAAUGGUACUCACAGGCUCAAACAGAAAUAUCCUACUCACGAGAUGGGGACGACUGGGUUAUUAAAGUAGGCAUAAAAGGCAUUCCAAAUGGUCGAGUGUUCCGGUUUAAGUUAGGCGAACCCUAUGAUUCCGCUGAUAUAGACGGAUCACCAAUGAAAAGUUUAAUACAAGCGUGUGGAAAUAAGUUUCAAGAAAAACACAGUGCUGCUAGUUUACAAGGUGAAGAAAUGGAAAUAGAACGAUGGAUAGAAAAUGAUAGAAUGAUUGUGCAAACAAGUUGUAAAGGAGCAAUGAUGAAAUCUCAAUAUGUUCGUGUAAAUUGA